UGAGAUAAGAUUCGACCUUUAAUCUAUCGAGUUCUGUCUUAUUCUUAAUCACCAAGCGUUGCCUACCAUGAACCUCAUCUUGACUUUGCGUCGCACACCACAUCCUUCAGUCGUGCCUCGUUCAAAGCACUGACCAGGAUUGAUCCCAGGACAGCACCUUCACCACCUUCGACGGCCUCGACGGCUUUGCCAGCACGCAACAAGCCAUCAUGGCCAAAACAAGACAAGCGAAAUCACCGCAUGGCGUGACCCAGGAACAUGCAACAGCCACGAGUCCUAUUCGCAAUCGACGUGCCCCAACAGGCGGAAGUCCUUUUUCCGAUGGGAAUAGAAAUGCCAAUGAGGAUGAUCACACCCAAGCUCUGCUACCGCAAGAGGUACUUCAGGGAGGGGACCCUGACACACCUUCGAACGAGGCGAAAAGGACGCGAAUCCAGUUGCAAGAGCUGUCCAUCAAAUACCCCGACUACAUGGGACAAAGCAUGGUGUCCUUUUUGGUAUUCCUCAUGGCAGCUACGAUGAGAGCGGAUUGGAUCUUAUUCAUGACUUGCUUUUGGAAGAGUCUGGACGUGGCAGAUCUGGAUGGAGUGUCAAAUCCUUCGUCUCCAUCUUCUUCCAUCUUGAACACUUCUACGAAUUCGGCUUCCCAGCAUCAGAGGAUGGACCUUGUCAGUUCCUCGGAGAGCGGGAAUUCAACUUGGAAUGCGGAGAUCAAGGAAAUGUUAUCCAUGCGCUUAGUUAACCUUGAAUACUUUAUGAUUCCUUCCUUCCUGGUGUCCUACUUAUUCUUCUUUGGAAUUGGAGGCUUCCUUCAUUUCUGGUAUUACGUGAAGCAACGAGAAAAUGCCAAAGAGUGGAAAUGUCAGCCUAAUCAUUGGCUCUCACCCAAGUUGGAGCUUCAUGAGAUCACGGUUGGAUUCUUUUCACUCAAUAUUGGGGCCUUUAUAUCGGCUUGCUUGGCUUGCUGGGUCAUGAAUGAUGGAUACUCGACGCUCUAUUUCAACAUCAGUGACUAUGGAUAUUUAUGGUUUCUACUUCAAUGGCCAGCCAUAUUCAUUAUGCAGGAUUACUUGACUUACUGGAUUCACCGGAUCUACCACAUGCCGUUUUUGUACAAGCAUUUCCAUAAACUUCAUCAUACCUACAAGCACCCAACUGCUUUCUCUGUGACUGCCAUCCAUCCCUUUGAGUUUGUGUCCAUUCAAUGCAUCUACAUCUCGCCGAUAUUCACCUUCCCAGUUCAUUGGGUGCCCUACACGUUCAUCCUUUUGUACACGUACUACCACGGAAUCAUUGACCAUUCAGGGAUCAAUUUCAAACGCCAUUGGUGGCAGCCCUGGCAACCGGAUUGUAUCUUUCACGACAACCACCACCAAUACUUUCACGUCAAUUUUGGAUUCAAUAUCAGAUUUUGGGACAAGUUUCACGGGACCCAUCGGAGGAAAGAUAGAGUCUACACCGAGGACAUUUUUUGGGGCACAGGCAAGGAGAUGGACAAGUUGAGCCCCCAGGAAAUCCAGGCUGAUUUGGCCGAGAGGAACGCCGAAAAUCCGUUGGCUUAUCACGAUAACAAAAUGGCCUUCCGUCUUUCCCAGAGCGAAUUGCAAAACUUCGUCAUGUCUUCCAAUGACAAAAAGUAGACCCAAGUGGAAAAAUGAAGAGAGAAAAAAAUACCGUCCAAAUAAUUGCAAUGAUCAAAAGAAAAAAAAUAAAACGGAAUUAUGUUCGAAAAAUA